AGAGCGUUUGUCGUGUUGUACUGUGUGAGCUGAGUGUGUGAGCUGUGUGUGUGAGCUGAGUGUGUGAGCUGAGUGUGUGAGCUGUGGCAGUAACAAUGCCUUCAGUUCAGUCUCUGAGAGAGUUUAUCAACGAGCGACUAACUGCUGCUGCUGAACAAAUAUUCUUGGAGUUUGAAAAAACGAUCGUCCAGUACGAGGAAGAGAUCGACCGUCAGCGCAGACUGCUGGAUAUCACCUGCAAACCCCAAAUCAAGCUGCACAGGACAGACGUCCCACAGCAGCCUGUCUGUAAGGAGGAGGAGGUUCUCAUUGAGCUGCAGCUCUGUGACCGGGAGGAACCAGAACCUCCACAGAUUAAAGAGGAACAGGAGGAACUGUGCAGCAGUCAGGAGGGAGAGCAGCUGGGACUGAAGGAGGAGACCAAUACCUUCAUGGUGACUGCUGCUGAGGAAGGAGACCACAGUGAACCAGACAAUGAUCGGCUCAUCACUAAUAACUCCCCUCUUGCUGAGAGCCAAGAUCAGGGAAGAAGCAGGAGUGCAGAUCCAGGAUCAACGAAAAAUCCAAACAGAAGUAAAAAUGCAGAAAGCUCUCCUUCGUCAGAGAGUCGGUCCAGUACUGGUGCAGGUACAAAGUCGUUAAAGUGUGAUGUCUAUGAACAAACCUUUAUGCAUGAGUCCCAAAUGACUUUACAUAACAGAGCUCACACAGGUGAGAAGCUACAUGUUGGUAACUCUGCUGGGAAAAGUUUUAAUCAGAACGGUGCUGUGUUGGAGCACGUGAGAGUUUAUGCAGGUAGAAAUCUCUGUAAGACUUGUGGUAAAAUGUUUUCUAGCCCAUCAGCACUUAGAAGGCAUACACAGAUCCACACAGGUGAGAAGCCAUAUUCCUGUAAAACAUGUGGGAAAAACUUUCGUCGAACUUGUCAUUUGACCAGCCACAUGAGAUCUCACACAGGUGAGAAGCCGUAUUCUUGUGAAACAUGUGGUAAAAAGUUUUGCAGGUCAUCGUCACUUAAAGAACACGCACGAUUUCACUCAGGUGAGAAGCCGUACUCUUGUGAAACAUGUGGAAAAAGGUUUUGCAGGUCAUCUUCACUUAAUCAACACGCACGAUUUCACUCAGGUGAGAAGCCGUACUCUUGUCAAACAUGCGGUAAAAGGUUUUCCAGGUCAUCGUCACUUAAAGAACACGCACGAUUUCACUCAGGUGAGAAGCCGUACUCUUGUCAAACAUGCGGUAAAAGGUUUUCCAGGUCAUCGUCACUUAAACAACAUGUGCUGCUCCACUCAGGUGAGAAGCCGUACUCUUGCAAAACAUGCGGGAAAAGUUUUCGUCACAAUAAAAGUUUGUUUUUCCACAUAAGAACUCACACAGUUGAGAGGUCACAUGUUGGUAACACCUCCAGUAAAAAGUUUUCAAAUUCAACAUCACUUAAAAAACACACAAAUUCAUUCAGGUAAAUAGCUGCAUUCCUGCAAAACGUGGGAAAAGUUUAAAUUCUCAUUUGACUAGCCACGUAAAUGUUGAACAUCAGCUAUUUUCUCCUGCUGAGAGCUCACACAGGUGAGAAACUAGUCUUAACAUAUUUUUAGAAAAGGUCAAAUAUUUGGAGCCAAGUUUGACACAAAUGUACAAAUUCAUGCUGGUUCAAAUGUUUUUGCUUUUGGCUUGAAAACCUAUUCAGACUUCUACAAUGAUUGUUUGACUGUAUUACAUGUCGCAAUGUGUGAACUAAAUCUGAUGAUACCUAUCAUGUUCAAGCUUUUUCAUUCGUCAGGGAAAAUAUGAUAAAUCUUUUUUUGAAAUUGAUGGCAGCAACAGCUCUCAAAAAAGGUUUGACAGAGGAUUCAAGCGGCUCAGCAGUCCCCCGGGUCUUUGUUGUGUUUUUGGUUUUCUGAUGCUCCAGAGGUUUCAGUUGGUGAAAGGUCUGGACUGCAAUAGGGCUGCGACUAAAGAUUACUUUGGUAGGCGACUAAUCUGGCAAUUUGUCUUUGAUUAGUCAACGAUUAUUUCAAUAAAUCUUGUCUCCGCUUCCUGUUUGAAGACUUCCUGUUCUAGGCUUUAGUGCCUCACCUGCUCAGGUCUGCCCACCUGUGAGUAUCACCCUCUUGUCUCGUCCCGCAGAAAAUUAAAACAAUGAUCCAGGAGACAUAUGAAUUUGAAAAUAAUCAAAUGUAUUUUUAACAUCGAUACUUAAAUAUUUAGGUCUAUUUUACUCAGUAGGACUGUACAAAUAAAAAUGAAAUAAAUACAAAUAUUAAGCAAUAUGAAUUAAAGUUCUAGUAGUAUUUAAACCAAAAAUUCAGCUUUAAAGUAAAUUUAAAAAAAAAAGAUUUUGUUUUCCAGUCCAAAAUAAGUUUCCAAAGUUUACAGAUGAUUCUGUUUUGCUGUUCGCACUGCCUUCUUCUUCGUUAGUAUUGAGUGCAGUCUUGGCAGACAACAUAGGUGACACUGCCCCCACAGCUUCCUGUAGUGUGUUUUAGUUUAAAUAAAAAAUAAAAACAAAAACAUUUAUGUGGUUUUAAGAUGUGACAAGAAAUUUCUAUGUCAGUGUCAUCGAUUAUGUCGACGAAUCAUUGUAGCCCUACAAAUUAACCUCACUGUUUUCAAAAUGCUCCUCCACCUGUUUUCUUUAGCACCACUUAAUUCUUCAGCCUUUGUUGUUCCAUCUUGAAACAUCUCGCUGCAUUAAAGUCAAAACAAGUUCAUAUUUUUCUUAAAAUUGUAGAUUUUUUCCACA